AUGAAAACAUCCGUCGUUCUACUCGCUGCCGCUUCUUUGGCCAGCGCUCACUACACGCUCCCAAGUGUCAACGGUGACUCAGCCUGGUCUCAUGUCCGCCAAGCCAAGAACUGGCAAGACAAUGGAUUCGUUGGUGAUGUGACUAGCAAUGACAUUCGCUGCAACCAGCUCAAGGCCGGUACAUCAACUCUCAGUGUUGCUGCUGGCUCGAAUGUCAAGGUCAGCGUCAACCCCAACGCGUACCACCCUGGACCCUUCCAGUCAUACCUCGCCAAGGUACCGGAAGGUCAGGACAUCAACAGCUGGGACCCUACUGGCGCUGUUUGGUUCCGCAUCUACGCCGAACAACCCAAGUUCGGUUCUCAGUUGACCUGGCUGAGUGCUGCCAACUACGACAUCAAGAUCCCCCAAUGCAUUGCACCCGGAAAGUACUUGAUGCGCAACGAGCACAUCGCCAUCCAUACCGCUCAGAGCAAGGGUGGGGCACAGUUCUACCUUUCUUGCGCACAACUUGAGGUUACUGGUGGUGGCAGCAAGGCACCCUCGAACCUCGUCGCCUUUCCUGGCGCGUACAAGGCUACCGACCCGGGUAUCUUGAUCAACAUCAACUACCCAAUUCCCACUAGCUACACCAACCCUGGCCCCCCUACCUUCACUUGCUAG